UACAAAAAAAAACUGAAGUGGAAGUGAUAACCAACGCGGGAUAUAGAUAGGGUUUUGAACGCAACAACAACAACAACAACGUACGUAGUACUUCAAACUCUCGUGUUUGUUUUCUUCUCUUUCUCCUUGUCUAACCAAAAUUUGUUUAAUUAAUGAAUUGCGAUGUUGCGUUGUACCUCUGCGAUGGCUAAACUCACCCCCCUUUUCUCCAUUCUCACCCAUCGCCCAUUUCUCUCUUCUUCCAAUUCUCAUUCUUACUCUCUCAAACACACCAUAAACCACCGUGCUAUUAUUCCCUUCACUACUACCUCCGCCAUCAACACUUUACCUCAAACAACCGAUUCACGUGACAAUGAUGAUGGAGGACCUAUCAAGCUUUCAACCAAGGCCAGACGAAAAGCUGCUAGAGAAUCACCCGAGGGGGUUUUACAGAUAAAGCUCAACAAUUGCUCUAAAUCCGGUGAUGUUAUUCAAGCACUUUCUCUCUACGAUGAAGCUCGUAAAUCAGGUGUUCUCCUUAAUCUCGAACAUUACAAUAAAUUAUUAUACCUUUGUACUGUUCAAACUGGUGAUGGUGAUAGUGAUGUUAUUGACGGUGUUUCAAGUGGUUCUCAUUUGGGUCUUCAGAGAGGGUUUGAGAUUUUUCAGCAGAUGUUGAAUGAUAAAGUUAAACCGAAUGAAGCUACUUUUACUAAUGCUGCUAGGGUUGCUGCUGCUAAGGAAGAUCCUGAGAUGGCUUUUGAGUUGUUGAAACAAAUGAAAAGUGUUGAGAUUGUGCCUAAGUUGAGAUCUUAUGGUCCGGCUCUUUUUGGAUUUUGUAAGAGAGGGGAUGCUGUGAGAGCUUAUGAAGUUGAUGCGGAUAUGAUUGAGUCGGGUGUUAUGGCGGAGGAGCCGGAGCUUUGUGCGCUUUUGGAAGUUAGCGUUGAAACGAGGAAUGAAGAUAAGGUGUAUGAGAUAUUGCAUCGGUUGCGUGCUGUGGUUAGGCAGGUGUCUGAGUCGACUUUGAAGGUUGUUGAGGAUUGGUUUAACUCGGAGUAUGCGAAGAAGAUUGGGAAGAGGGAAUGGGAUGAUGAGAAAAUAAGAGAAGGGUUUGUGAGGGGAGGUGGGGGAUGGCAUGGUCAAGGGUGGCUUGGAAGUGGGCAAUGGAAGGUUGUUCAUACUCAUGUGGAUGAGGAUGGAGUGUGUCUUUCGUGCAAUGAGAAGCUCGUGAGCAUUGAUAUUGAUACACAAGAAACCGAAAAAUUUGCUUCCUCGUUGGCUAAAUUGGCUUGCGAAAAAGUACCUAAGGCCAACUUUAAUCAUUUUCAGAAAUGGCUUGAGAAGAAUGGUCCUUUUGAUGCUGUUGUUGAUGGUGCAAAUGUAGGACUUGCCAACAUUGCUGAUUUCAGUUUUUCUCAGCUUAAUUAUGUUGUUCGACAAUUGCGUCAAAUGAGCCCUUCAAAGAGGUUGCCACUUAUAAUUUUGCAUGUAAAUCGAGUAACUAGUGGUCCUGCUCGGAACGCAACUAACAAGAGACUUAUAGAAAAUUGGAAAAAUAGUGGUGUUCUUUAUGCUACUCCCCAUGGUUCCAAUGACGACUGGUACUGGUUAUACGCUGCUGUUAGUUGUAACUGCUUACUUUUGACAAACGACGAGAUGAGGGAUCACUUGUUCCAACUAUUGGGUUCUAGUUUUUUCCCAAGAUGGAAAGAAAAGCACCAGGUUCGAGUAUCAGCCUCAAGCCGUGGAGUUUCCCUAAUUCUACCUCCUCGAUAUUCAAUAGUUAUUCAGGAAUCAGCCAAUGGAAGUUGGCAUGUGCCAACCGUAUCCAAUGAUGAUCCUGAUAUCCAAAGGAAAUGGCUGUGUGUCACUAGAUCCAGUAAAAACUCUUGACAUAAUCUACAGGCAUUGACCUCCCCGUCUGAUGACAUUUGAGGAGGAAGAGGGAGUGUUUUGAUCUUUCUUUGUUUUCAGUUGUCAUCCAAAUUUGUUCUCACCUAGAAAUGCAGUUGCGUGCAGCUGCGAUCAUUGCAAGGUGUUCGUUCACAAGGCAAGUUUAAGCAAGAUGAGUCCGAGGCCUAGGAGGGGGAGUGUCUAACAUCAAUGUCUCAUAUUUUUGCCCGAGAAUCUCAGGUCACAAGUAACAUUAAGUUUGUACAGGAGCGAUUAAUUGCUGGAUCCAAACCUUCCAAGUCCAAUUUGUUACCGCUUCUGUCUACCUUCAUAGACUUCCAUUGUUUCAUUAAGUUAAAAAUAAGGAUAAUAGCAUUUUUGCACUAGACUAUGUACAAUGUGUUCACAAAUUAAAUGCACACAAUUUUUUCGGCC